UCUUCUAAAUUUAUUGGUAUUCUGAUCGUCAUCCUUAUCUCUUUCCCAUCGAAAACGAAAGGUGAAUAUGAAAAUAAUAAUACUACAAUGAGAUGUGGUUCAAAUAGUGAUAGACAAGGAUGUACAAACAAUAAAAAUGAGGCAUUAAAGUUGAAACUUGUUGCUAUUGUUUCAAUUCUUAUGACAAGUAUGAUUGGUGUUUGUUUACCUCUCUUCUCUCAUACAAUUCCCGCGAUACAACGCGAUACAAAUUUAUUCGUGUUGGUUAAGGCAUUUGCUUCCGGAGUUAUACUAGCCACAGGGUACAUGCACGUUUUACCUGACUCGUUCGAUUUUCUUAGAUCUGAUUGCUUGCCUGAAAAUCCUUGGAGAAAAUUCCCAUUUACAACGUUUGUUGCUAUGAUUUCCGCGAUUUUAACUCUAAGUAUUGAUUCAUAUGCCAUGAGUUGCUUUAAGAAGAAGAAAUUGGAAUAUGGAGAUGGAAAUGAUGGAGAUUGUGUUCAAAAUAAUGCUAAGAUUGAGUCACAAAAUGGACAUGUACAUGGAGAAGUAUUCAAAUGUGAUGAUAAAGGCUCACAAUUGCUUAGGUAUAGGGUUGUGGCUCAGGUUUUGGAGCUAGGGAUAAUUGUACACUCAAUAGUGAUAGGAUUAUCCAUGGGUGCAUCUGAUAAUCCAUGUACAAUUAGGCCAUUAGUAGCUGCUAUAUGUUUCCAUCAACUUUUUGAAGGAAUGGGCUUAGGAGGUUGCAUCCUCCAGGCGGACUAUGGUAUGAGGAUGAAAUCAACAUUGGUGUUGUUUUUUUCAAUAACAACACCAUUUGGUAUAGCACUUGGAAUUGGAUUAUCAAAUGUGUAUAGUGAGAAUAGUCCAACAUCACUUAUAGUUGUGGGAUUGUUGAAUGCAUGUUCAGCUGGUUUAUUGAAUUAUAUGGCACUUGUGGAUCUUCUUGCAUAUGAUUUUAUGGGUACCAAAUUGCAAAAUAAUAUAAAGCUUCAAUCAUGGGCUUAUCUUGCUGUUUUAUUAGGUGCUGGUGGAAUGUCUAUUAUGGCUAUAUGGGCCUAA